CCCUCGAGGAGAACCAUUGCAUCAUGACCCCAGACAAAGAGCCUGUUGUCACAAACCUUUGUUUUGUUUGUAUCGUGAUCUUAAUAGUCGGAAUCAUAGUCCAGGUCUCUGGUGAAAAUGAACUUAGAGUAGACAUGUCAAAAAUAGGCCUGACGCAUGUUCCGAAAGACCUGUCACCAAGAACUGAAGUCUUAGACAUAUCUCAAAACUACAUAUCUGAGCUUCAGAUCUCUGACUUCAGCUUCUUAUUGGGGCUGAAAGUUUUGCGACUUUACCAUAAUAGAAUCCAGAGACUUGAUUUUAGUGUUUUCAAGUUCAACAGCUACCUGGAAUAUUUGGAUUUAUCUCACAAUCAGUUGCAAAAGAUAUCCUGCUACCCUGUGGUGGGUGUCAAACAUUUAGAUCUCUCAUUCAAUGACUUUGAUGCUCUGCCCAUCUGUACAGAAUUUGGCAACUUGACGCAACUGAAUUUCUUGGGAUUAAGUGCUGCAAAGUUCCAGCCAUUAGAUCUGCUACCAAUUGCUCACUUGCAUCUAAAUUACAUUCUUCUGGAUUUAGGAGGUUAUUACGUGAAAGAAAAUGAGGCAGAAAGUCUUCAAAUUCUGAACACAAAAUCACUUCAUUUUGUUUUCCACCCAGAGAGUUUAUUUUCUGUCCAAGUGAACAUAUCAGUUAAUACUUUAGGGUGCUUACAGCUGACAAAUAUUAAAUUGAAUGAUGAGAACUGUCAAGUCUUAAUUAACUUUUUAUUGGAACUCACUAGAGGUCCAACCCUACUGAACUUGACUCUCAAUCACAUGGAAACAACUUGGAAAUGCUUGGUUAGAGUUUUUCAGUUCCUUUGGCCCAAACCUGUGGAAUAUCUCAAUAUUUACAAUUUAACAAUAGUCGAAAGCAUUAAUGAAGAAGAUUUUGCUUAUUCUGAAACAACACUGAAAGCAUUAAAAAUAGAACAUAUUAAAAACCAAGUUUUUAUCUUCUCACAGACAGCAUUGUACACAGUGUUUUCUGAGAUGAACAUUAUGAUGUUAACCAUAUCAGACACACCUUUUAUUCAUAUGCUUUGUCCUCAAGCACCAAGCACAUUUAAAUUUUUGAACUUUACCCAGAAUGUGUUCACAGAUAGUGUUUUUCAAAACUGUUCCACUUUAGUGCAUUUGGAGACACUUAUCUUGCAAAAAAAUGGAUUAAAAAACCUUUGUAAAGUAUCUCUUAUGACAAAGAAUAUGCUGUCCUUGGAAUUCCUGGAUGUUAGCUUGAAUUCUCUGGAAUCUCAUACACUUGAGGAAAAUUGCACUUGGAUUGAAAGUAUAGUGGUAUUAAAUUUAUCUUCAAAUAUACUUACUGACUCAGUUUUCAGCUGUUUGCCUCCCAGGGUCAAGGUACUUGAUCUUCACAAUAAUAGAAUCAUGAACAUCCCUAAAGAUGUCACCCAUCUGGAAGCUUUGCAGGAACUCAACAUAGCAUUCAAUUCUUUAGCUGACCUUCCUGGAUGUGGUACCUUCAGCAGCCUCUCUGUACUGAUCAUUGACCAUAAUUCUAUUUCCCACCCAUCAGCUGAUUUCUUCCAGAGCUGCCAGAAGAUGAAGUCAAUACAAGCAGGGAGCAACCCAUUCCAAUGCACAUGUGAGCUCAGAGACUUCAUCCAACAUAUAGGCCAACUACCAAGUGAAGUGGUAGAGGGCUGGCCUGAUGCUUAUAAGUGUGACUACCCAGAAAGCUAUAAGGGAACCCCACUAAAGGACUUCCAUGUGUCUCCAUUAUCCUGUAACACAGGUCUGCUGAUUGCCACCAUUGGGGUCGUGGUGCUGGUGUUAGCUGGUUCUGUGACCUUCCUCUGCCUCUACUUGGAUCUGCCCUGGUAUCUCAGGAUGGUGUGUCAGUGGGCCCAGACUCGGCACAGGACUAGGAACAUCCCCUUGGAAGAACUCCAAAGMAMUCUYCAGUUCCAUGCUUUUAUUUCAUACAGUGRRCAUGAUUCURCCUGGGUAAARRRUGAAUUAGUACCCUGCCUAGAAAAAGAAGAUAUCCGGAUCUGUCUCCAUGAAAGAAACUUUGUUCCUGGCAAGAGCAUUGUGGAAAAUAUCAUAAAUUGCAUUGAGAAGAGCUACAAGUCCAUCUUUGUUUUGUCCCCCAACUUUGUCCAGAGUGAGUGGUGCCAUUAUGAGCUGUACUUUGCCCACCACAAUCUCUUCCAUGAAGGGUCUGAUAACUUACUCCUGAUCUUACUGGAACCCAUCCCACCCAAUAGCAUUCCCAACAAGUAUCACAAGCUGAGGGCUCUCAUGACACAGCGCACUUACUUGGAAUGGCCCGUGGAGAAGAGCAAACAGGGACUUUUUUGGGCUAACAUCAGAGCUGCUUUUAAUAUGAACUUAACACUAGUCAAUGAAAACAAUGAUGUGAAAACUUAAAGUCAGGAAAUCCCAAUUAACACCAUUAUCUUGAACUCUGAUGAAUAUCAUUGCUAGCUCCUAUCUGGGGCUGCUUCCAUAUCCACCAUGUCUUUGGGGAAGAUACAAUGAAAACCUUGUUUCAACUGAGUUGGGGAAUUAGGUUUGGGGUGGGGAUAAAGGUGAUGCUCAUUUUGCCAAUUAGAGAAAUCUUAGUAUCUUCCUGUUUACUCUCCGUUUUCACAUUGAAACAGUCUUUUUUGAGUAAAUUCUCAUUCAGGGAUCUUUCUUCCCCACUCUCCUUUCCCAAAUGAAAGAGGGAAAGGAGACUUUGUGGCUUCAUGUCAGCAAGAAAAGAGAUGGCCUCAGAACUGUGUGCACUGGUCCUUGGAGUCUCCU